AUGGUGCUUAUCUAUGUAGAUGACAUAGUGAUAACUGGAAAUGAUGCAACUGCUAUACAAAGUCUCAAACAAUUUCUUCAGCAGCAAUUUCAUAUUAGAGAUCUUGGUCUCCUUAAGUAUUUUCUUGGGUUGGAAGUUGCAAGGUCCAAAGUAGGUAUUGUUAUCUCUCAACGAAAAUAUACUUUAGAAAUCAUAGAUGACGUUGGAUACUUGGGUGCUCAACCAUCAAACUUUCCCAUGGAAAUGAAUCUGAAGCUCACAGAUUAUCAAGGUGAUCUGCUACAUGAUCCAACUCGCUACAGGAGGUUAGUUGGACAACUAAUUUAUCUCGCAAUUACAAGACCAGACAUUACAUACUCAGUUAAUAUUCUAAGCCAAUUUAUGCAUGCUCCAAGAAAGCCUCAUUGGGAUGUUGCUCUUCGCAUUAUCAAAUAUUUGAAAGGCAGUCCUGGUUUAGGUUUGUUGUUCUCCUCAAGCAAUUCCUUUGCCCUGAAAGCUUAUUGUGAUACUAAUUGGGUAAACUGUCCGAUGACAAGAAGAUCAACUACAAGUUAUUGUGUGCUUUUAGGGAAUUCAUUGAUUUCAUGGAAAUCAAAGAAGCAGAAAAUAGUUUCAAGAUCAUCCUUAGAAGCUGAGUAUAGUUCCAUGGCAACAUCAACCUAUGAGCUAACUUGGCUUAGAUAUUUGCUCAAUGAUAUGCAAGUUUCUACAAGACCAGCAAGGUUGCUAUGUGAUAAUCAAGUUGCUCUCCACAUAGCAGCAAACCCAGUAUAUGAGCGCACCAAACACAUAGAACUUUAUUGUCAUGUUGUAAGAGAAAAGAUACAAGAUGGUCAGAUCAUCACCGAAUUUGUUCCAUCUCAUUUGCAGUCGGCAGAUGUUUUUACGAAGGCUCUUGGAGGAAAUGUGUUUAAGGAAUUAAGAAUCAAGUUGAACAUGUUGAAUAUACAUGCUCCAACUUAA